AUGGGGGUCCACCCCUUGAGGCAGCGACAAGCAGUGGUGGCCCUGCACUCGGCCGUUCUGGGCGAAGAUUUCGUCCUCUACUCGUCCGGCGGAAAGCCGGCAAUGGGGCCGCGCAAUCGAAGCGCGUUUGGGCAUGUUCGAUGA